AAUCGCUAAGAACUAGAAUGGACUAAACCAUUGAACUCUCCGAAAAGCUAUCAAGGAUAGCUGAUAACUCUAAUCAGAGAUAUCUGAAGACUUCCAAAAGAAAACCACACAAGAAUCAAGGAGAUUCAAGUAGAAACUCCCCUAACAAACGCUGUGUUAAAAUACAGAGAUAAUGCUGAUAACAGUGUUUGUUUCCACACUACUUCUGCUUCCAGCUGUUACGCUGGGUGAUGUGGUGUGUGGAGGCGUGACUUGUAGCAAUAUACAAACAUGUUGUGCUGAUCAGGAAGCCUGUUGUAUGAAGUCCUCGACCUCAUCACUAGCUGCUAUAGUUGGGGUCAUGUUUGUAGUCUGCCUUACCGCUACCGGACUAGGAAUCUGCCUCUACUUCAAGAAACGUGUUCACAGGGACACAGCCUACACCACUGACGAUAUAGAAGGAAUGUUCGCUACAUCACUUUACAAGGAGAUGAAAAGCAAAGUAGAACCAACGCUUAGCAACCAAACAGUGCCAUCACGCAACGGUUCGAUGAGAUCACGUGAGAACAUGAUGACGUCACGUGACAACCUUUCAGCUGAAACUCCAGGUCUGAUCUGCGAGGAUAUCCCCAACAUAAACCCGGGUUCGCAACACACGGAGUUAGCGGUGAUGCAGAGUGCUGCCAGUAAUUACUCCAUUCCGGGGAGUGUCAUAUCACGUGAUCAUAUGAUGGCGUCACGACAGGCGAGUAUUGGGACGGUUACCUCGAUAGACAGGGCUACUGGAACAGAAAGUGUUGAGACUCAGGUGACAUCAGCAAAACGCACUGUAGUAACAGUAAACCUUAACAUGAAAGAGAAAGAGAACAUAAAACUAAACAUCUUCAUGAACAAAGACAGAGCGGAAGCAGUUGCGGAAGAGGUAGAAUCCAACGCUUCAUUCCCACGGGGGCUAAGCGCUAAACUGGGCAGAAAAAAGAGCGCUAAAAGAUCUAGUUCAAGUUCUGGUGACCAGAAAGUAAGUGCCGCAAGUAUCACUAAGAAGGAGCCUGUGAAGAAGAUGAGUUCUAAGUCGUCAGGGAGACCCAAGACUCCAGUGAAACAGAAGGUGUCUGGGAGAGCAUCUUCCGCGAAGAAAAAGAAGAAAACUUGAACUUAUCAUGAAUUUGGUUGUUAAAUACUUGUCAAUUUGUUAGAACUUGUUGAACUGAGAAGGAUUUUUAGUAAAGGAAGAGUGCACUGAUCCCCACUUAUAGGAUUCAAUUAUUGGACCUAGUUCUUACUAUUUCAGUAUACUGUAAAUUUAAAUUGAUCGAAAAUUAUGUGGAAAUCAUAUCAUUAUUUCUUGGGGUAAUAUCUUUAUUUCUCUCUUAAUUUCUAUCAUUUAACCUUGGCUUGGAUUUGAAUUCAUUGAUUUACAUAGAUUGGUUAUAAACCAUUAUUAGGUAUAAGUCAUAAGAAUAACAUCAGUCUAAAUAGGGGCAUAGCUUCUGAAUAAAUAGUGGCGGAACUAUAACGAAUAAUAAUGCAAUCUGUUAACAUCCAGUUUGGCAAAUGUUUACGAUAAUAAUUCAUGAUUCAUUUAAUAUAAUGAUUCUAAUUCUUACUUGGUUAUUCCUUAAUUUGAGAAUGAACCCGACAUUAUAAGAGAUUUGCUCUGAUAAAAUGAUGUGUUUUUCAUUGAUACCGGGAUUAUUGCAACUUUGUUCGGUUGUGCUCUGUUUUUAAUAACAAAACAGUAAAUUUUCCCACUGGAAUAUUUUAAUCUAUUUUUCUUUUUAAUCCACCUAUAACUCUAUAAACUGUUCAAAACGUUUCAGCUGUAAUGAUUAACCUGCUUCCUCUCU